AAAUAAAUGUACUGAUUCGUACUUCGUAAUAAAUCCCUUCAACCAAUACCAAGAAAACCAUACACAUACACAAACUCUUUUAUUUCUUUGUAUCUCACACUUACAUUUUUAUUCAUCUGUGUGAAAUGAAAGGUUGCUUUAGCUUGUCCGAAGCAAUAGAACGAACCUACAAAUCCGGUUUCAAAAGAUCCGGUCUACGACCCGUUACCAUCGAUUUGAAAGACGGGACCGUUGUCAACUUCUGGGUAUCCAAAACCCAACCCGACUCCAAACCAAAACCCAAUCUCCUCCUCAUCCACGGCCUCGGAGCCACUGCCAUCUGGCAAUGGUACGACGUAGCUCGACGACUCUCUCGUCAUUUCAACCUCUACAUCCCCGACCUCGUCUUCUUCGGCGGUUCCUCCACCACCCGACCCGAAAGAUCCGACAUUUUCCAGGCCCAAACCCUCAUGAGGGCUUUAGAAGCCCAGUCCGUCAAAAAAUUCAGCCUCGUGGGUCUUAGCUACGGCGGGUUCGUUGGCUACCGAAUGGCGACCAUGUUCGGAGACGCCGUGGAGAGGGUGGUGAUAUGCUGCGCCGCCGUUUGCGUGGAGGAGAAAGACAUGAAAGCCGGCGUUUUCAAGGUGUCGGAUCUUGAUGAAGCCUCGAAGAUUCUUGUGCCGGAAUCAGUGAAGAAGCUCAGGGAGCUUAUGGGUUACAUCUUUUACAGACCGGCGUUGGCGAGACUGGUUCCUACUUGUCUCCUCCAUGAUUUCAUCGAACAUGCAAUGACUCGAGAUAAUAUGGAAGAGAAGAGAGAGAUGAUCAAAGCGAUACCAAAAGACAGAAUAAUCUCAGAGAUUCCAAAGCUCACACAGCCAACAUUGAUAAUAUGGGGAGAGCAUGAUCAAGUGUUCCCAUUGGAUAUGGGGAAGAGGCUUAAGAAGCAUAUAGGAGAUAAUGGGAGACUCGAAAUCAUAAAAAACACUGGCCAUAUUUUCAACUUUGAGAAACCCAAAAUAUUUAUCAAACAUCUCAAAUCUUUUCUCCUAGAGACUAAACCACAGAUUCCCGUCUCUAAUGAAAAUGUUUGAAGCUUUCGUCAUCUCUGGUUUUGAUUACCAUCUCACGUAUUUUGAAAGUUUUAACAAUAUAUAUAUUCUUGUCAA